GCGUUUGUUUUCAGACGGAAGAGCAGUUCGGUACACAAACAACUCAUAAAUAACCGCAGUGGUUUUCAACAGGGAAUUAUUCAUAUUUCAUCCACGACAGGGAUGCUGUGAUGGAAAAGUAGAAGCUGAAAGAGGGCAAACUCUCUCAGCCCAAGACGGUUCUCGCAGCACAUGGCGUCUGAACUCCAUGAAGCCAUUUUUAUGGCCAAGCAAGAGCGACACAAGAAUCUUUUCCUGAACUACAGAAACCUCAACAGUUUCCCUGUGGAGCUCCUCAGAGAUGAAGGGAUGCAGUUCCUGGAGCGUCUCUUCAUGAAGAGAAACUCCCUCACUGCACUUCCAGACAGUUUGGCUCAGAAGCUUCCCAACCUGAUCGAAUUAUACCUGCACUCAAACAAUAUUGCGAUAAUUCCUGAAGCAAUUGGCAACCUAGUGAAGCUGCAGUCACUGGACCUGAGUGACAACGCUCUUCAAGUCAUCUGUCCAGAGAUUGGUCAGCUGCGCUCAUUACGACAUCUUCGAUUGGCCAACAAUCAACUGAAAUUUCUCCCGCAAGGGCUGGGAGAUCUCGGAGAGCUGGAGACUCUGGACGUGUCCAUGAACCUCCUGAGGACUCUUCCGGAGCGUCUGCACCUGUGUCUGUCCCUGCAGUGCCUGACGGCAGACCGCAACCUGCUGCACUGCCUUCCUCGCCAGCUCUGUCUGCUGCCCGACCUCAACGAGCUCUCCAUGGCUGCCAACUGCCUGACAUCACUGCCCCUGGAUCUGGGGCGCUCCAUGGAGCUGCAGUUUGUCUUUGUGGACAACAACGCUCAUCUGAAGGGGCUCCCGUCGUAUCUUUAUAACAAAGUCAUCGGCUGCAGUGGAUGUGGUCUAGCUGUGCAGAUCUCUGACGUGAAGCAGCUCAGUCUGACGCUGGGAGAUGUGACUGUUCCUCUGCCCUCUGAAGUGAAGGCCAUCGGGUCUGACACUGACCAUGUGUUGCCUCUGGAAGAGCUGGCGUGCAGAGUACUACAUGCAGCCUACAACAGGACCAGUAAGGAUGUGAAGUUCCUGACACCAUUCCUGUUGCCCAAGAGUCUGCUAGAUGUAGUCCAGUGCCCUCUGGGUCAUUGUCACCGCUGCAGUCAGCCCAUGUUCACCGUCGUCUACCCUAAACCGUUUCCUCUCAGAGAGACCGCACUCGCAGGAGUGCACAAGAGAACCACUGUGAGUUUUGUAGCGUACUGCUGUUCUAGCCAUUGUCUGAGGACGUUUGACCUGCAGGGCUGACGUCUCAUAUGCUAACCUCACAUCACUGCUCAUGGUGCUUUCAUCUUCACCAAGGAC